AUGUGGCUAUGGCUUUUUGCGCCAUUUCUCAUUAGAAAUGUGAUUGCUGCUAACUUCGAUCCUACUGAGUUCUUUAAGACACGAUGUGAGCCCAAAUGCGUUUUCGAGGCAUCUAACUUGAAUUCCACUAAUAUAGAUAAGUUCCCAAAGGAUUGCUCCACUGUUUGCACAGAUUUGGCGAUAGAUGACAAAUGUGAUUUGACUGAGGAGCAGUUGACGGCUACACUGCAGAAUAUGAAGCAUUUGGUGGGAAGUUUGAUUGUGAUAAGUGUCAAAUAUACGAGUGUGAAGUUUCUGGCUGGCUUGGAGUCUGUGGAGUGUGGCGAUCUCGAUUUCCUCAUUGUCCUGAACAACAAAAUGUUUGAAGUCGGUAUGACAAGCCUCAACACCAUCAAUUGCUCUUCGAUCGCCAUUGACAAUAAUAAAGAGAUGACCAAGUUGAAUGUGCCUAACUUGAAAUACAUGUACCCAUCUGAAGUUAAUAAAACCGAAAUCAAGGUCCGCAUCGAUGGAUUAUCCAAAAAGUUCUGUGUGACGACUGAGGAAAUGUAUAACUUGAUGGGUGUACCAAAUAUCGACUUGGAUAGUCUUGAAGGAAUGCAUUGUGAGCCAGCGACCCCCUUGACUAAUGGAAAAGUUUGUAACUCAUCGUAUACAUUGAUCUACCCAACAGAAAUACUCGAUGGGUGCACUCAAUACUUUGGGAGUCUGGUAAUAAACUCUGAAAAUGAAAAAGAUGUGAGCAAGUUGAAGUCAGUGGAGGCGAUAUUUGGUCCAUUGUUUAUUGAGAAGACCAACUUGACCAGUAUCGAUUUUCUGACCAAUUUGAAGUUCAUUUCUACGUUGGGAUAUGACACCACCGCAGUUCAAGUUAUCAACAAUCCAUUCCUAUCGAAUUUCUCAUUUCCCAGUUUGAAGAAUUUGAUGGGAAGAGUUGUGAAUCGAUUCAAGUGA